GGCUCAAAAAUUGACUAUGUUGAAGACUCCAAGUACCUUGGCGGUUAUUCAGAUACUGAGCAUGAUAUGUCUGUCAGAAUAGCGUUGGCAUGGAGUGCGCUGCAUUCUCUUCCGGCAGUUUGGAAGUCUCCAAUCAAGAAGUCAACAAAGACUAAAGUGUUCAAGGCUUGCAUUGAAAUCAUACUUCUCUACGGGUCAGAUUCAUGGACGCUAAAUGUGAAACGUAAAAAGCGUCUCGACGGCACAUACACAAGAAUGCUUAGACACGCCUAUGACAUCUCUUGGAAGCCAUCCUACCAUGCAACAAAUCUCUGUACGGUACGCUUCCUCGUGUGUCUGAAACGGUUCGUCAGCCGCGUUUGACUCUUGCGGGCAAUGUUAGUCGUCAUGAAGAGCCCGCUGGUAGGCUUCUGCUAUGGACACCCUCAGCAAAAAGAAGAAUUGGGCGCCCGUUUGUCACCCUCAAGAACAUCAUUGAGGAAGAAACAGGCUUGUCUGGACAAGACCUGUCGACUGCAAUAGCAGAUCGCCAUCGCUGACACUUGGAAUACGUUCAUGUUUUACCUGAGCCAUCUGGCAUUGGAUGACGCAAGGCAAGGCAAGGCAAUUUCGAAGACCGAAAGGCAACUUUCAUCUGCCAGAGACGAUUAUGUAAAGUUAAGAAGCGAACUUAAUGUCCAGGAUUCUGACUUGGGCGACUCGAUAAUGCAGUGGAAAGAAGAAGUUCAACAAUUUGCGAGAGAACAACAAAUUGGAGUUUCUUCGUUGAAAAGUGCCGCCGAAGAUUUCUUCCUUUUGCAUCAAACUGUUGAUAAUGCUCAACAUUUGGAGAAUUUUGUAAAAGCCAACGAUGAUCAAACGCGGACAUUUUUGGGUGAUAGGUGUUUCGUUCAUGAUGCUCAAAACAAAGUGAAACAACUUGAACAAAAUGCAACAAGAUUGCUGGAAUUGAAAAGACAGCUUUUAGAUGGACAUGUGACAGAGGAGCAGCUUCUUGAGCAAGGAAAGUCGCAGCUGGCAAAAAUCACAGUAGCAAAGCUGCAGAAGAGAUUAGAAAUGUUGUAUUUUUCAGUCACUAGACGCACAAAAGAAAUAACUAUUGCUGAUUCUAGCAAACGAAGAUCUUCCAUGAGAAGGAAAUGCCCUGAAGAGAAGUCCAAAAUAACAUCCACCGUAGAAGAGUUAAAUUGCCUCUCAAGUCUGUGUGCUCUUCCUACAACAAGUGCGGAAGAAAUCAUGUCUGGAGAUUUUGUUUAG